UUUAUAUAGUUACUUAUAUGUAAUGUGACUUUGUUUUUAAAAUAAAGAUCUGCAUAUAAUUGUUUCUCUAUAGUCUGAAUUCAUAUUUAAUAUUAAAUAGUUUUAUAAACAUGUAAGAUGGAAGGUGAAUGAAAUGCUCAGUGAACUGUAUGCCGUGAGGAUUCAAAUCAGCACUUUUGUGUUGCCAAAAUUCUAGUGGUGGACUUGUGAAGGGAUUCCCUUUGGACUAGGUCCACUGUAGAUGGUAUCCGGGACUAUCGUUAGUGCCUAAAUCGCGUUGCUUCCCACAGGGCUAUAUGCUUCCCUUAAAAUUGGUCCACUGCAGUGGCAAAUCACUAUUUACUGUGAUCCUUAUAGACUUUAGUCAUAUUUUUAUGUUAUUAAUUUUCUCUGUAUAUUUUAGUGCUAUAGCCUGCCAUUCCAAAUUAAACGUGCUCUUAGCAUAUCAUUUUACACCGUUGAUCUAUAAUUCAUUACCUGAGCACAUGAGUGGAGGCAGUGAAUUAUACAGUAGUAAACUACUUGGUGAAACCAAGCUUUGUAUUUAUAAGGUGUAUAAUUAUAUUUAAAAACAAGCAAUGCUUAAUUUUGUGCCUGAUUUUCCUCUUUGAAAAUGGAUUUAUCUGGGGGUUGCAGUUGAUGACGUUUUGAUAUUAAUAUGUUUGCUGCUGCUACCAAGAGCUUUGUCAAGCAAGUUGGAGAUGGAGGGAGAUUAGUUCCUGUUCCAAGCCUCAGUGAAGCUGACAAAUAUCAACCUCUAAGUCUGGUGGUAAAAAAGAAGCGAUGCUUUCUGUUUCCUAGGUAUAAAUUUACUUCAACACCUUUUACACUGAAAGAUAUUCUCUUAGGAGACAGAGAAAUUUCAGCUGGUAUUUCAUCUUAUCAAUUACUGAAUUAUGAAGAUGAAUCGGAUGUUUCGCUCUACGGAAGGCGAGGAAACCAUAUUGUAAAUGACGUUGGGAUUAACAUUACUGGAUCAGAUUCCAUUGCAGUGAAAGCUUCAUUUGGUAUAGUAACCAAACAUGAAGUGGAAGUAUCAACAUUACUCAAAGAAAUUACUACACGAAAAAUUAACUUUGAUCACAGCUUGAUACGUCAGUCAAGGAGCAGCAGAAAGGCAGUAUUGUGUGUGGUCAUGGAGAGCAUCCGAACCACACGACAGUGCUCGCUGUCUGUGCAUGCAGGAAUUCGAGGAGAAGCAAUGCGGUUUCACUUUAUGGAUGAACAGAAUCCCAAGGGAAGGGACAAAGCUAUUGUUUUCCCAGCACAUACAACCAUAGCUUUCAGUGUUUUUGAACUCUUCAUAUACCUGGAUGGUGCCUUUGAUGGGGUUUCACUCCUGCUGUCCAGGCUGGAGUGCAAUGGCGUGAUCUGGGCUCAUCGCAACCUCUGCCUCCUGGGUUCAAGUGAUUCUCCUGCCUCAGCCUCCCAAGUAGCUGAGAUUACAGACCUUUGUGUCACUUCAGUGUCAAAAGGAGGAUUUGAAAGGGAAGAAACAGCAACAUUUGCACUGCUCUACAGAUUGAGAAAUAUACUAUUUGAAAGAAAUAGAAGAGUGAUGGAUGUCAUUUCUCGUUCACAGCUUUACUUGGAUGAUCUUUUUACUGACUACUAUGAUAAACCUCUCAGCAUGACUGAUAUUUCACUCAAAGAAGGGACCCAUAUCCGAGUUAACUUACUUAAUCACAACAUUCCCAAAGGGCCUUGCAUACUCUGUGGAAUGGGGAACUUCAAAAGGGAGACAGUUUAUGGGUGCUUCCAGUGUUCUGUGGAUGGUCAGAAGUAUGUGAGACUUCAUGCAGUUCCUUGUUUUGAUAUUUGGCACAAGAGGAUGAAAUAAAAUGAAAAGUGAAUAUA